ACUUCCACUUAUUUCCAGGCGGUAAUCAUGACGGAUCCUGGAAAUUUGGCUUGAAGCACGCAACUACACAAAAGAUCGCAAUACUGUAUUUAAGAAACACUCCCUAAAGUUUAUAUUAAUUUAUUCUUCUGUGGCGUAGGAGCUCGCGCACGCUCACGUUUCUCUUUUAUCGCUAUUACCCCUAAGUAUCUAAAAACCGCGCCCUUACAAUAUACGUGCGGCUAGUUUAACCGUGCUUUCAGAAAGGGCGACUGGCUUAACCGCAGUCCUAAAGUGCGUUGUGCGUACAGUUGAAGGGGAGUCAAAUUUUGCCAAGGAUGGGAUUUCGGCACGACACUGGCGGCAGCUGUCGCGAACACUUAAACGGCCAUUUUGUGCAAUUAGUCAGUUGAGGGGAAAAUUGUCUAUUGUGUAAACAACUUUAUGCUGUUUUUUGUUAGCGGUCGCUAGAAAGUAAUAUUAUUAUAAAGGCAGUGUUAGGGGUAAUUUGUGUACUUGCUUUAAUCUUCAGUUAAGAUUUAGUUUUCUGUCUGAUAGAGACAUGUCUAAACAGUUUUCUAAGGUAGACAUAUUACGAGCUGAGCUGUUGCAAAAUCUUGAAGAUGUUGGGGAAACCGUAACCAGCUUCUUCAGUGAUGUCGUGAGGCUAGAUGUUGUAUCACGAAUAGAAGAAGUUACCGAAAAGAUAGUUAGCAGUUUAUCGAAAGAGGAAGCACCGGUGUUGGUCUUAAAAAGCCGUUCUCGAUGGUCUAACGUGAGGUUUAAGAAAUCAGUUGGUCUGCUUAUGACAACUGCUGGCACAGUAUCAACUCUCCGAAGUGACUGCCCUUCAACUGUAGUCAAGUUUGCACUGAUUGUGAAGGCCCUCUCAACAAUUUACAAACUUAUUCAAAAUGAUUCAUAUGAAACCAAAAGGGAUAUGUUUUAUAAUGACCCCCAGCUAUUUGGAUCACAGAGGACUUUGGAUGCCAUUGUUGAUGAUGUAUCAUGCCUGCUUAAAGUUCCUCGGAGGAGCCUACAUCUGUGUGCCACUGCUAAAGGAUUAAUCUCUGGUGAUCUGUGUUACUUGGAGGAGGAUGGGACAAGGGUGGAUUGUAGUUCCACUGCGGUGCCUGUGUCCUCUAGUGUCAAUGGAAUCAUGAAUAUUGUGUCCUCUGCAAAAUUUGUUCUAGUUAUUGAAAAAGAUGCAACAUUCCAGACACUUUUAGACGAUGAGUUUUGCACUCAGUACUAUCCAUGUAUCAUCAUAACGGGAAAAGGUGUACCAGAUGUCAACAGCAGGCUAAUGGUGAAGAAACUAUGGGAUACACUGCACAUCCCUGUAUUUGCAUUGGUGGAUGCUGACCCGCAUGGGAUCGAAAUCAUGUGCAUCUAUAAGUAUGGAUCAAUUUCAAUGGCAUUUGAAGCCCCCACUCUGACUGUCUCUUCCAUGCUCUGGCUAGGCCUGUUGCCUUCAGACAUUGAAAGCCUUGGCGUGCCACAGGAUGCUCUAAUUUCAUUAACAGAGGCAGAUGAAAGGAAACUCAACAAUAUAAAGAAAAGACCUUACAUUUCUUACCAUCCUGCAUGGGAGAGGGAGAUGGAGAUUAUGCUGCAAUGGAAGCAGAAAGCUGAGAUCCAGUCCCUUGUCUCUAUUGCUCCUCAUUUUCUCACUCAGGUGUACCUACACAAUAAGUUGUCUUAUGGGGGCUGGAUAUGAGUCCACACUGCUGCACAUUUAACUGCACUGUAAUACACAGUCCUGUAAUAAUUAUCUUUCCAAAUUCAUUAUUUUUGCUGUAUCCUAUAGGAUUUCUGAAAUCCUGUAACAAAUGAAUGUUUGAAUGUUUACAAGACUUUUUACACAUAGCAGAAGGCACAGAAGUACAACCACAGAGCUAUCCAUAUAGUUAGUACAUGCCUAUACUGAGGAUUUAAUACCUUAUAAAAGGUUCAAACAUCAAUAAAAAUGUUUGGAGAUGUGUUGUGAUAAGCCAUGAUUCUCAUUUGCUGAACUAGUAAAACCAUUUUGAUUUUGUUAUGCUUCUGAUGUUGAGAAAAGCUGAUCUGAAGAAAUCACAUGAAUAAAUGUCCAGAAUCGGAAUAUCUGUCACAUUCCAUCCCCUUCUAAGAGAACCCUCCCCCGAAUUCUAAUUAGUCACGUGUCUUACUUCUGGUUCCCACAGACAUUUAAACCACACACACACCCUGGUCCGACGCGAACUAUCGUCCUCCCAUGACAUACUGUGCGUUCAAUAUUACUAUUGUUGAUUUUGUGUAUGAUUCUUGCCUGUUUCUGACCUCUGAUCUUGCCUCUUGUCUGCUAGGUAUUUCGUUUAUGACCUUGCCUGUUUUCUGUACUCCUGUUAUUGGUUUUGCGCUUUGGUUUUGUUUACUCCGGUCUAGUGUUUUUCCAGUUCUGACUCACAUUUGUUUUUUGACCACUUUUCUGCCUAUCGUUGUA